AUGUCAACUGUCUCCAGUUCUACGGUUCAUACAGCAUGUCGACAAACAGACGGACAGACAGGUGAGCAGAGCCUUUGUGGUAGGAUUAAUGUUCUCUAUAAUAUAUUGUUAACAGAUGAACCAACCUUCAUUGGAAGAGAAUCAAACGUCACGGUGGUUACUGGCAGAGAUGCAACACUCACGUGCAAAGUGGAAAACUUAAAAGGGCAUAAGGUAGCAUGGCUCCGAGUGGACACCCAGACCAUUCUGACAAUCGGCCAGCACGUCAUCACGAAGAACUACCGCGUGGCUGUGUCCAGAGUAGACCAGACCUGGUCUCUGACGCUGAGGGACGUCAGACCGUCAGACGGCGGGAGAUACAUGUGUCAGAUUAACACUGAACCCAUGAUCACGCAGACACAACAUUUACAUGUUGCAGUUCCCCCUGAUAUUCUGGACGCGGACAGCAGCAGUGAGGUCAUCAUAUGGGAGGGAGACAACGUGACCCUCCACUGCGCAGCCUCCGGUACUCCGGAACCAACUAUCCUGUGGAGGAGAGAGGACUACGCUGCUUUCAGAGUCGGUCGGGAGACAGUUAGCAAAUGGAGCGGGGCGUGGUUGAACAUGACAGCUGUGUCCCGAGAUAUGAAUGGCGCCCUCCUCUGCAUAGCAACAAACGGAGUGCCGCCAUCGGUCAGCAAACGGAUCCUACUCCAUGUCCUGUGUAAACCAACGGCUCGUGUUUCACAAAAGAUGUUAGGUGUCUAUGUUGGAGAGACGAUGCUUCUAGAAUGUAAGAUCGAAGCCUACCCCACACCAACUGUGUACUGGACUCAUAUAGACUUGACUAAACUAUACAACGGUUCAAAGUACCAGAUGAGCAUAACUUCACAAGGGUACAAGCACACCGCGGUCCUUAAAGUAAAGAGUGUGUCGCGAGACGACAUCGGCUCAUACUACUGCUACGCCGAGAACUCUAUGGGAUCGGUCAGGGGAGGCAUCACCAUUUACACUCUAGCAACUACAUCGACAACAACAGCGUCGGUUAUAACCACUCUAGAUGAUGUCACCACACCACACCACUUUUAUGCAGAAUCAGAAGGGAUCGGACUAGAAGACCAUCACUUUCCGGAGGAGGAUCGCAUCGUGGUCGUACUAAGCCAACAUCAAAUGCAGAAUCUAGAUUUAUCACCCUCCUCGUGACCUGAGGACAGUCAACACGAGUCGCCAGUGUGGUCUUCAGAACCAAAUCUAAGACCACAGACGCGCCUUAUCCCAAUCGUGGUACUUUUUGCCACUAAAGUGUUAUAAAGUGUACAUUAUGAACAAAUGGACUGUUAAAAUAAGUUUAUACUGUAUAUAAAUUAGUUUUAAGAUAGUAAACUUUGCUUUGGAAUUUUUGUAAAUAGUCUGUUUUUUUAUUGGCUGUGAAUUGUUAUAAUUAGCUUAUUUAUAAUAGUUAUAAUAUGAAAAAAAUGGUUUUGUAAACAUCAUAAACGAUUGUUUGAAAGUUCAUUAUAAUAUGGUUUUCC